AUGAAGCUGCUGCUGCUCUUCAGCUUCGUGGCCCUGGCUCAAUGCCUGGGGCACAGGAUCCCUCUGCGGAAGGGCAAGAGCCUGCGGCAGGCCCUGCAGGAGCAUGGCUUGCUGGAGCGCUACCUCAAGGAGCAUCCCUACAACCCGGCUGCCAAGUACUACGAGAGCGGCGUCUCCUCGGAGCCCAUGCAGAACUACAUGGAUGACUCCUACUAUGGCACCAUCUCCAUCGGGACCCCCCCCCAGGAUUUCACCGUCAUCUUCGACACCGGCUCCUCCAACCUGUGGGUGCCCUCCGUGUACUGCAGCAGCCAGCCCUGCAGCAACCACAACCUCUUCAACCCAGCAGAGUCCUCCACCUUCGUCAGCACCAACGACAGCGUCUACAUUGCCUAUGGCACGGGCAGCAUGUCUGGGGUCCUGGGCUAUGACACCGUCAGAGUUGCCGACAUCGACGUCUACCACCAGAUCUUUGGGCUGUCUGAGACCGAGCCCGGGGACUUCUUCUACUACACCCCCUUCGAUGGCAUCCUGGGCUUGGCUUUCCCCAGCCUGGCCUCCUCCGGAGCCACCCCUGUCUUUGACAACAUGAUGAGCGAGGGGCUGGUGGCCAAGGACCUCUUCUCUGUCUACCUGAGCAAGAACGAGGAGAGCGGCAGCUUCGUCCUCUUCGGUGGCAUCGACCCCUAUUAUGUCAGGAACGGCAUCACCUGGAUCCCCCUCUCUGCUGAGACCUAUUGGCAGAUCACCAUGGACAGUGUCUCCAUCAACAGCAUGGCUGUGGCCUGCUCGAACGGCUGCCAGGCCAUUGUGGACACGGGCACCUCUCUGCUGGCCAUGCCCAGCACGGCCCUCGCUCAGGUCUACAGUGUCCUUGGGGUCUCCUCCGGGGGUCAGGUGAGAAUUGAGUGCAGCUCUCAGGGCAGCCUCCCUGCCAUUGUCUUCCACAUCAAUGGUGCUGAGUUCGCGGUGACCCCCGAGGCCUACGUGGUGGAGAGGGACGGCUCCUGCAGCCUGGGCUUCCAAAGCGUGGGUGUCCCCACGGAAUCUGGGGAGCUGUGGAUCCUGGGGGAUGUCUUCAUCCGGGAAUACUAUGUCAUCUUCAACAGGGCCACCAACUCGGUGGGUCUGUCCCCCCUGGCCUGA